CAAGAAAAUUUUAGUGUUGUCGAGGUAAACAAACAUGGCGGUCAGUGUUGUCGAUUUUACCAGAAAAUCAGAAAGAACUACGUUUUGUGAUUCUUCUGAGGACGAUAUAUCUUGUGCAAAAACUUUCUGGCAAUCUGUGACACUUCUUCCUCCCAUGGAAUCAAGGCUUGUAUCCAGUGAUAUAAAGCAAAGGCUUAGAACUGCCCCUUCAAGCUCUCAGCAUCGACCAAGUACCUGUUCUACAUAUAGAGUUCCAGACAAUGAUUUAGCCGUACAGGAAUUUUUAACAAGGGCCAAAAAUAUGGUACAAAUGGAGGAGUUUUUGCGAUUGAGAGAGUUUGCAUCAGCUCGGGAUGAGGAUCGUGAAAUGCUUCAUAAAAGAAGAAAAGAACGUAAAAAGAGAGAAGAAAUUUCAAGAAAUCGUAUCCCCAAAAGACCGAAUCAGUCCGAAGACAUAAUUGUUAUGGAUAGUGACGAGGAUAAAGGCGAGGACACGGUAACAGCCCUUAAAGACUUGGAUAAAUUUGACAAAUUGAAGAGUAAUGGCGAAGAGGUGGAUUCAGACUAGUGAAAUACUACAACACAAAAAGACAAAUUAAUAACUUUGAUUGUAGAAAAUAUAUUUUGAUCAUUUCUGCGCGGAAUGUAGUUCGUAUGACCCUGAAUGUGAAUGUGAAAAAACGUAUGUGGAGAAUAUGUGAUAAUUGUUUUAAUAUAAAAUGUAAAUUAUUUUUGUAAUAAAUUUUAAAGCUA